AUGCCUUCUGCGACCGGUUCGAACUGGGAGAAGUACCAGAAGAAAUUCGACGACGAUGAGGUAGAGGAGAAGAAGAUCACGCCUCUGACCGACGAGGAUAUCCAAGUCCUCAAGACGUACGGCGCCGCGCCCUACGGAGCAUCUCUCAAGAAGCUUGAGAAGCAGAUCAAGGAAAAACAGCAGAGCGUCGAUGAGAAGAUAGGAGUCAAGGAGUCAGAUACCGGUCUCGCCCCGCCACACCUGUGGGAUGUCGCCGCCGACCGCCAACGCAUGUCCGAGGAGCAGCCCUUCCAGGUAGCAAGGUGCACCAAGAUUAUCGCUGACGAGAAGGGCGACGAGUCGAAGAGCAAAUACGUCAUCAACGUCAAGCAGAUCGCCAAGUUCGUGGUGCAGCUGGGUGAGCGUGUCAGCCCGACGGACAUUGAGGAGGGCAUGCGCGUGGGCGUGGACCGAAACAAGUACCAGAUCAUGCUGCCGCUGCCGCCCAAAAUCGACGCCAGCGUCACCAUGAUGACGGUCGAGGAGAAGCCCGACGUCACCUAUGGAGAUGUGGGCGGCUGCAAGGAGCAGGUGGAGAAGCUGAGGGAGGUGGUGGAGAUGCCGCUUCUCUCGCCCGAGCGCUUCGUCAACCUGGGUAUCGACCCGCCCAAGGGUGCCCUGCUGUACGGCCCCCCCGGAACGGGCAAGACGCUGUGUGCGCGAGCCGUGGCCAACCGCACGGACGCUACCUUUAUCCGCGUCAUCGGCAGUGAGCUGGUGCAGAAGUACGUCGGAGAGGGCGCCAGGAUGGUGCGUGAGCUCUUCGAGAUGGCGCGCACUAAGAAGGCCUGCAUCAUCUUCUUUGACGAGAUCGACGCCGUCGGCGGCGCCCGUUUCGACGACGGCGCCGGCGGUGACAACGAGGUGCAGCGCACCAUGCUAGAGCUCAUCACCCAGCUCGACGGAUUCGACGCCCGUGGCAACAUCAAGGUGAUGUUCGCCACCAACCGUCCGUCGACGCUGGACCCGGCCCUGAUGCGGCCCGGCCGUAUCGACCGCAAGAUUGAGUUCUCCCUGCCCGACCUCGAGGGCCGCGCCAACAUCCUGCGCAUCCACGCCAAGAGCAUGUCGGUCGAGCGCGACAUCCGCUGGGAGCUCAUCUCGCGCCUCUGCCCCAACAGCACGGGUGCUGAGCUGCGCAGCGUCUGCACAGAGGCCGGCAUGUUUGCCAUCCGCGCCAGGAGAAAGGUGGCCACGGAGAAGGACUUCCUCAGCGCCGUCGACAAGGUCAUCAAGGGCAACCUCAAGUUUAACUCGACGGCCACUUACAUGCAGUACAACUAG